UAUCAAGAGAGCAUGGCUCACCUGGGUGAACGUAAAUGGACUCAUGUGUUCCCUUUCCUGAUGGUCUCCCUGGUGUACUCCGCCAGUGCCGAAUACUCCAACUGCGGUGAGAAUGAGUACUACAACCAGACCACUGGCAUGUGCCAUGACUGCCCCAAGUGCGAGCCGGGUGAAGAACCUUACAUGACAUGUGGAUAUGGCACCAAAGAUGAGGACUAUGGCUGCAUCCCCUGCCCUUCAGAGAAGUUUUCCAAAGGAGGUUACCAGAUAUGCAGACGGCACAAGGACUGCGAGGGUUUUUUCCGAGCUACAGUCAUGACACCUGGGGAUCAGGAGAAUGACGCAGAGUGUGGUCCUUGUCUCCCAGGUUACUACAUGCUGGAAAACAGACCUCGGAACAUCUACGGGAUGGUUUGCUACUCAUGCUUGCUGGCACCUCCCAACACCAAGGAAUGUGCAGGCACUAACUCUGGCAUUUCAGCCAUUUUCCCAAGCACCUCUGGCACAAGCACUUUCUCACCUUACCAGCAUGCUCACAAAGCAGAUCUUUCAGGACAAGGACAUCUGGCUACAGCUCUUAUAAUUGCUAUGUCUACUAUCUUCAUAAUGGCUAUUGCCAUUGUCCUUAUCAUCAUGUUUUACAUUGUAAAAACAAAGCCAUCUGCUCAAGCCUGUUGCAAGAGCCACUCAGUAAAAAAUGUCGAAGCUCAGGCUAACACACAAGAAGAGAAGAAAGAAGUGCAAGAUAAUGUUGUGAUAUUCUCUGAGAAAGAGGAGUUUGAAAAACUUACAGCAACUCCAGCUAAGGCUGUCAAGAGUGAAAAUGAUGCAUCUUCGGAGAAUGAACGACUUUUAAGCCGGAGUAUGGAUAGUGAUGAAGAAGCUGCAGUUGACAAGCAAGGGACUCCAGAGAGAUGCUUAUUAUCUUUAGUGCAUUUGGCCAGAGAUAAAUCUUCAACAAGCAAUAAAUCAACUGGGAUUCAAAGUCGAAGGAAAAAGAUACUUGACGUGUACGCUAACGUAUGUGACGUUGCAGAAGGCCUGAGCCCUACAGAGCUGCCAUUUGACUGCCUGGAGAAGACCAGCCGAAUGCUCAGCUCGACCUACAACACAGAGAAAGCCAUCGUGAAAACGUGGCGUCACCUUGCCGAGAGCUUUGGGCUGAAGAGGGAUGAGAUUGGCGGGAUGACAGAUGGCAUGCAGCUGUUUGACCGCAUCAGCACAGCAGGCUACAGCAUCCCAGAACUGCUCACCAAACUGGUGCAAAUCGAGCGACUAGAUGCUGUUGAAUCCUUGUGUGCAGACAUUCUGGAGUGGGCACAAGCAAUGCCGGCUCCUGAACCAGCAGGGACAUCCUGA